GUAGCGCCUUCGGAACCCGUCGCCGUCCCAGUUGAAAUGGGAACCAAUUCCAAGAGCUCGUGAUAAGGAGUAGUGGCGGAUCCCCGAAGGAGAUCCAGCACUGAUAUUCUUAUGGUGAUCUGUAUGCUUAUGCUUCGCGGAUUCAACUGUCUGUACUCCGUGUUCAAUUUCAGUUUCACGUAAUUUUGUGGUUAUUGCAGAAAUAAACACAUGCUCACUCAGAAUGAUGUCGGACCAGCGGUAUGUCGGAGUCCCGACACUAGUACAUAAUACACACUAAUCUAAUCUGGUUCCACAACUCCACUCAUCUUUCUCAAACAUGGUUGCAGGCGUUCAGAUCCACACAAAGGUCGACAUUUCUAACCCUCAAUCUGACAUCCUCACCGAUGGUGCACUUACCUUCCUCGCUGCACUUCAUAGGACGUUCGAGUCUACAAGACAUAGCCUCCUAGUUGCGCGCGAUGAUGCGCAGCGCAAGUUUGACUCAGGAGUGCCUCUUGACUUUCCUCUUGAAACAGCGCACAUCCGUGCUGAGCCCUCAUGGCACUGCGCACCCCCUGCACCUGGUCUUGAAGACAGACGCGUCGAGAUCACAGGUCCUCCUGACCGUAAGAUGGUCAUCAACGCUCUGAACAGUGGUGCAAAAACCUUUAUGGCAGAUUUUGAAGACUCCAACGCUCCUACGUUCGCGAAUGUGAUUAACGGCCAAGUCAACUUGCGCGACGCCAUAAGGCGUCAGAUUGACUUUGAGUCUGGCGGCAAGCAAUACAAGCUGUCUGAGAAACCAGCAGUACUUAUUGUUCGGCCUCGGGGCUGGCACUUGGACGAGACACGUAUUACGAUUGACAAUGCCCCUAUUUCGGCUUCUCUCUUCGAUUUUGCACUCUACUUCUACCACAAUGCGAAGGAACUCAUCAAACGCGGCUCGGGUCCCUAUUUCUAUCUUCCGAAGAUGGAGCACUAUCUCGAAGCUCGUCUAUGGAACGACGUCUUCCUCUUCUCUCAGUCCUACAUUGGAAUAGCCCACAACACAAUCAGGGCGACUGUCCUCAUCGAGACGCUUCCCGCGGCGUUCCAAAUGGAAGAAAUUCUCUUCGAACUCAGAAACCACUCGGCUGGAUUGAAUUGCGGAAGAUGGGACUAUAUUUUCAGCGCCAUCAAGAAGCGAAGGGCGGACAAAAGCGCUGUGUUACCAGACAGGAAAGAUGUUACUAUGACAGUGCCAUUUAUGGAUUCGUAUGUGCGCCUCUUAAUCCAAACUUGUCAUAGGCGGAAAGUUGCUGCUAUGGGUGGCAUGUCUGCUCAAAUCCCUAUCAAGGAUGACCUUCAAGCCAACGAGGUGGCGAUGGAGAAGGUUCGAGCAGACAAAUUCCGUGAGGUCACUGCUGGCCAUGAUGGCACGUGGAUUGCACACCCCUUGAUCAACCAGAUCGCUCGCAAAGUGUUCGACGAAAAUAUGCUCGGUCCUAACCAGUACCACAUCAGACGUGAGGAUGUGAAAGUAGCUGCAGCGGACUUGUUGAAUGCAAGCGUUCCCGGAAAGAUCACGGAGGAUGGUAUCCGCUCUAAUAUCUCUGUGGCUCUAGCAUACUGCGGGGCCUGGAUUGGCGGCAAUGGCUGCAUCCCUAUCAACUACUUGAUGGAGGACGCGGCUACUGCUGAAAUUGCGCGCGUGCAGCUCUGGCAGUGGGUGAAAUAUGGCGCACGUAUUGACACUGGCGAGCAGAUUACCACGCAGUAUGUUGACCGUAUCAUCGCAGAGCAGGCGCCCGGCAUCAAGAAGAUCGCCCCGGGCGUCAAGGAAAGCCACUUGAAAAUUGCCAAGAAGUAUCUCACGGCGCAAAUCAGGCAACAAUGGCCAAGUGAAUUUUUGACGAGUGACUUGAUGCCAUACUUGACGAUGGCUGAUGGCGUCGAGGACAAGUGGUACAGGAACUCUUUGUAAAAGCGUUGCGGAUGCGUACCUCCCGGAUAUAUUUUGCUCGGUGUACUUGUAGUAUCAUGCAGAUUAAUUAAUGAUUGAGUCGCCAAGAUGUUACGGUUAAUGUGCAUUAUGUCCUAGCAU